AUGGCCGAAAAGAUAGACCACAGCAACACCACCGUGUACCCGGAAGUGGUCACAGAGAAAGAUCAUCAAGACCGGCACAGCGAUCAUGGCGUCGAGCUCAGCGAAGAUGGCAUUGAAAAGACGGAACGCCAUCUCGACGUCACCGAGGACGAUCUCCUCGAGGCCAAGGAGCUCGCAGCGACAUAUUCGCUCGACGACUUGCGAAACAUGAUGCAACGGGUACUCAAGCUCCAUGGCCGUGACCCCAACUUCCCCCUCAACAUUAUCCGCGAGAUUGAGGAGUUUCUCAACAAUGAAGACGUCUUCGCCAACCCGCACAAACACGAAGAGCUCAUCAACGAGAUGAAGAUCGAAGCUGCUCUCAUCACCAACAACUCGCCCUACGCCGAAGUUCGGGCCGUUGUCGACAACCAGGAUGAUCCGACGACUCCCGUCUCCACCAUCCGAGCCUGGGUAAUUGGCAUCCUUCUGUCGGUCGCCUGCGCCUUUGUCAACAUCUUCUUCGGCAUUCGCAUGCCUGCUAUUUCCGUCACUUCAAACGUUCCCCAGCUUCUGGCCUACCCGCUGGGCAAGUUCUGCGAGACGGUUCUGCCCGACGCCGGGUUCACCCUCUUCGGGGUCCGACAUAGCCUCAAUCCUGGCCCCUUCAAUAAAAAGGAACACAUGCUCAUUACCAUCAUGGCCAGCAUCUCAAUCGGUGGUACUUACACUAGCAGCAUCAUCUGGAUCCAGGCACUGCCAAAGUUCUUCAACCAGCCCUGGGCCAUCAACUUUGGCUACCAGACGCUCAUUGCUCUGUCCACCAACUUUAUCGGCUACAGCCUGGCAGGUAUUACUCGCCGCUUCCUCGUCUACCCGGCUUUCUGCGUGUGGCCGGAAGCGCUCGUCACUAUUGCUCUCAAUGCUUCGUUCCAUAACGAUAUGAACCCUGCUGUUGCAGGUCCCUUCAAAACCUUGUGGAAGAUCAGUCGUCUCAAGUUCUUCCUCAUCGCCUGCAGCCUCAUGUUCGUUUACUUCUGGGUCCCUAAUACUCUUUUCGCUGCUUUGUCCUUUUUUUCGUGGAUGACUUGGAUUGCCCCCGACAACCAUUUGCUGACGACUAUUACUGGCUCCCGAAACGGCCUUGGUCUCAACCCUAUUCCGACGUUCGACUGGAAUAUUGCAACCUUCUUCAAUGACCCCCUGGUCAUCCCCUUCUUCAGUACAUUCAAUCUCUUCGUCGGCAUGUUCUUCAGCAUGUUCAUUGUCAUUGGAAUCUAUUUCAGCAACGCAUGGAAUACCGGAUACCUCCCCAUCAUCUCGAACUCUCCCUGGGACCAUUUCGCAAAGCGAUACAAUGUGACGCGCGUUCUUGAUCACAGAGGAAUCAUGGACAUUGAGAAAUACCAAGACUAUUCGCCUCCUUACCUGUCAUCAGGGAACAUUGUGGUAUACAUGUUCUUCUUCAGCGUGUACACUGCGUCCAUUACCCAUGCCAUUCUAUACCACCGCCUAGAAAUUUCGAUGGGCCUGAAGGAGCUGUGGAACACAAUACGCCAGAGAAAGAACACCGAAGAAGACCGUGUCUUGGAUGUGCAUAAUCGUCUCAUGAAGUCGUACAAGGAAGUCCCCGAGUGGUGGUACGCGAUUUGCCUCGUCUUUGCUGUCGCCGUCGGAGUUGCCGGCAUCGUUCACUACCCUACCAAUACCAGCCCCGGAACCAUCUUCUUCGGGAUUGCUCUGACUCUCAUCUUCAUCGUACCCACGGGUAUCAUUUACGCCAUGACUGGUGUACAGGUCAGCUUGAACGUUCUGGCAGAGUUUAUUGGUGGUUCUUGGGUGGAAGGCAAUGCCUUGGCUAUGUGCUUCUUCAAAACCUAUGGCGUAAUUACGUGUCUGCAAGCGCAAGCCUUUUCCAGGGACCUCAAGCUUGCACAUUACCUGAAAAUCCCUCCUCGUAUUACCUUCUUUGCCCAGAUGGUGCCAACACUCGCGACUACCUUUGUGGCCGUCGGCGUGCUGACCUAUCAAAUCACGCUCAAGGACGUUUGCACGGAAGAUGCCCCCUUCCGUUUCUACUGCCCCAACGAGACGACAUUCUUCACAGCUGCCGUUCUUUGGGGCACUGUUGGUCCGAAGAGACUCUGGGGUGUCGGCGGUCAGUAUGCGGCAACGCUGCUCGGCUUCCCCCUCGGUGUUAUCGUCGUUUUGGUUUUCUGGGCCUUGGGCAAGAGAUUUCCCAACAACGCAGUUCUGCGUAAGACGCAUCCUGUGAUCUUGCUUUUUGGUGGCAUUCAAUGGGCUCCCUACAACAUUAGCUACAUGUGGGCGGAAAUUCCGCCUGCGGCUCUGUCGUGGCUGUACAUGCGCAAGCGAUUCUUGGGAUGGUGGUCCAAGUACAACUUUGUUUUGUCGGCCGCUCUUUCCUGCGGUAUCGCUAUUUCGGGCAUCAUCCAAUUCUUUGCAGUCGCAUACAGCGGCUACGAGGUUUCCUGGUGGGGGAACAAUGUUGUUCAGAGUCACUGCGAGGAUCCCACCAACGUUGCUUGUCGCCUGAAACAGCUUGCCAAAGGUGAAUUCUUUGGUCCUGCUCCGGGUACAUAUAAUACCUGA